CCGGAUCCCAUCCCAAAUCGAUCCAUCAUGCAAUUCCAUAAAUCUCACAAACUCUUUGCCUUCUGCAAGAUCGCAACUCUAUCACAGCUUCUCAUUGUCUUGAACUUACAUAGAAAUUCCUUCCCCAUUAGAAAGCUCGAUCUAAUCUGAAACAAAAGUGAAAUAGUACUACGAUGCUUAAUGUUUUCCCACUUAUAACACUGGCUCACCUCACCGGAGGGCGCGGCAAAGCCGCGCCAGGUUUCUAGUCUCCAACAACCGGCGUCCUCCGGUCGCCGUCCCGGCCUGCGGCUGCUCGCGCUCGCCCCUCGACCCGCGCUGAGCGAACGGCAUGGAGCCGAGCAGAGGCAUUGCCUCAGCUCCACUCCCGCAGCCAGCGCUGCGGGCGGCGCCCGCCCCGCGCCUCGGCCGGCGGCUUCCCUUCGGAGCCUUCUCACCGCCGCUGCCGCUCUCUAACGCGCGAGAGCCCGGGUGCUGCGUCAGCAGGGCGCUGCGGCCGCGGCAGGAGUGGGUGGAGAGCUGGGUCCGGAGCAACGACACGCUCGUCCGCGGCCUGCCCAUCCUCGUCGGCGGCGCCUCCCUCGUCGCUGUCCUCCUCAACUGUGCCGUUUCCGGAAUUGCCGCCGUCGCCGACGCCUCCAGUUCGCAGUCGAGGGCCGAUAUUUUAACCCUCGCGCUCUCCGUAACUGACAUUCUUGCCGGACUCGUGUGGCUGUCCAUCCGUCCGAAAUCCAUUUCUCCGGUGGUUCCUCGAGGCGUCGAAUGCAAACGAGUUGGUCCUGGUGUGUCAAGUUCUGCUCUUCAAGAACUACUUUGGACAUGGGAUUCCCUCACUACUGCAACUUGUUGCAAAUCAUUGGUUGUUGUGUAUGGAGGUAAUUGCAUUCUUCAAAUCGGUGUUGCUGCGGGUUCUCCAGAAGAUGGUAAUGCAGUUACUGUGGAUACACAAAAGUUCAUCCAGGGCUCUCUUUAUAGAAGUGCAAUGGAAUCCAAGAAGCAAUCUUAUCUGGCAAACCUUGCUCUGUAUCCUGGGAGGUCUGAGUUGCCCUUCUUGCCUGCUAACACACAGGCACUAAUAUUACAACCAAUUGGUGAUAAAGGAAUUGCAAUUGUUGGCGGUGACACUAUAAGAGGGUUCAGUAGUACUGAUCAGGCAUGGAUUGCAAUGAUCGCAGACAAGUUGGAUGCCACACUGUCGAAGUCUUAUAACUCUUAAGAACUGGGCUGCUAUUGGAUGUUUGGUUCAUCAUCGCCUGCCUCAUGCAAGUGAUGAAAUCGUCCUUGUGACCUUGUCUGACGUGAUAAUUCAUCAAGCAUAUGCAUAUACAUGUGGACGGCUGGACGCUGAACCAGGGCCUCUAUAGUCAAGUUCCAAAUAUUGCAUCUUCUGGUAGUGGCAAAUUGGUGAAACCAGCCUGUUCAGUUGGGUUUGGCCGUUUGGCCAUCUAGUUUAGCAUGGUUCGGUCACAACACCAGGGAGGCAGGGAGUGCUUUCUAAAGAGCUGAUCGUUAGCUCUUAGCUCAAGCUUCAAGCUUCAAUGGCUUUACAUGUUGUGUUUGCCUACUUUCAGCUUCUGAGUUCAUACAACGAAAUGUAAUAUGGAUCUGUGUUGUUAUGAUGUACUCACAGCAGUAUAUAAUGCCUAAAUAGAGCUCGGUAGUGAA